AUGUCGUCGAUUAAUCCCAAUUUGUCACAAGAACGUUCAGCGGUGCAAUUUCCCAUUGAAGAAUUAACUCAAUACUUAUUCGGUGGUCCAAAGGGAACCGAAAAGAAAAGAAUGCUUCGCUCGUUAUUGGAUGUGAAUAAAUAUCCCGUGUUCACAAAUGAUGAUAAAUUCUUCCUUUCACGUGAUAAAUAUUAUGUUAGAACGUUAGAAAAAUUGAAAAAGUUAAUUCAAUAUAAGAAACAAUAUGAUCUUAAUAGAGAUGAUUGGUUUUAUCUUUUGUUAGAAACCGGCGAUUCUAAUGUUAUUAUUUUGCAUGACUUUUUGUUCAUACCAACUCUUGAAGGACAAUUAUCUGAUGAACAAUUACAGAAAUGGUUACCUUUAGCUAAGGAUUAUGCAAUUUUUGGAUGUUACGUACAGACUGAGUUGGGACAUGGGUCUAAUGUUAGAAGAUUGGAAACAACUGCGACCUUUAUUCAUGAAACUGAUGAGUUUGAUAUUCAUUGUCCAACAUUGACAUCAGUUAAAUGGUGGCCAGGUGCCCUUGCGAGAACAAGUACGCAUGCGGUCGUGUUUGCUCGUUUAAUAAUUGAUGGCAAAGAUUAUGGAAUUCAUCCAUUCAUUGUUCAAUUACGUGGUGAAAAUCAUAAGGCUUUACCGGGAAUCGAUAUUGGCGAUAUUGGACCCAAAUUCGGUUUUAAUAAUAUUGAUAACGGGUUCCUUCGAUUUACUCAUGUGAGAAUUCCACGUGAUCAGAUGUUCAUGAAAUUUUCCAAAGUAUCAAGAGAUGGGAAAUAUUCAACUCCACCACAUGCAAAAAUGGCUUAUGGAACUUUAGUAGCUGGUAGAGUUGAUAUUAUCGAGCAAGCAUCGCUAUUCUUGGCAAAAGUUUUAUGUAUCGCUAUACGUUAUUCUAUUGUAAGAAAGCAAGGAAAUGAUACUAUAAAGAAUCCUAAUGAAACAACAAUAUUGGAUUACCAAUUUCAACAAUAUCGCCUAUUUAAUAGCUUAUCAAUUUCAUAUACCUUUUACUUUGUUAGAAAUUGGAUGAGAGAUUCUUACGAAAUAAAUAAAAAGAAAGUCGGUGAUGGUGAUAUUAGUUCGAUGGCAGAUAUUCAUGCCGUUUCUUCGGGGUUAAAAGCGCUUUGCACUGAUUUGGCUUCGGAAGCCAUGGAAGAUGCGAGACGUGCUUGUGGUGGUCAUGGAUAUUCGCAUUUUAGUGGUAUUCCAUCCAUGAUAGAAUUUUACGCUCAAUAUCCUACAGUCGAAGGAGAAAACACGAUUCUUUACCUUCAAACAGGACGUUAUCUAAUCAAAGCAUUUGAAAAUGCAAAGAAUGGUAGACCGACUCCUGCAGCUUUAUCUUAUCUUAAAGAUGCUUCAAGGAUCCUUUCAGAACGUAGUAGAGCAACCACAUGGGAGGAAUUAACCGAUCCAAAUGAACAAGAAAAGGCGCUCACUCAUCGUCACACACGCCUUCUCGCAAACCUCAUUUCAAAUCUCGAAAAAUUCUCAAGAAGUCAUCCUCGAGGAUAUGAAGGUGCAAAAUCAAAACAUAUGAUUGAUAUAGUAAACGUAUCAAGAGCAUAUUGUUAUACGAUUAUAUUGAUAUCAGCAAAUCAAGGGGUUGAAUCAAUUAGAUCAAGUCAUCCAAGAAUUUAUCCUAUAUUGAGAACAUUAAUUAAUUUAUUCUUUGCAAAUUCUAUUUUAAAAUAUUCUGGGGAGUUUUUAUUAGAUAAUUAUCUUGAUUCAAAACAUAUUGAUAUUUUAGAAUCAGGAGUUAAAACUUCUUUAGAACACAUUAGACCUAAUGCCAUUGGUUUAGUUGAUGCUUGGGAAUUUAGUGAUAAUAUGUUGAGUAGUGCUUUGGGUAGAUAUGAUGGUAAUGUUUACGAAGCAUUAUAUAAUUGGGCUAAAAAGGAUCCUUUGAAUUUGGCUCAAGAAAAAGGUGUGCUCGUUGGUUACAAUGAAGUUUUGAAAGACGUUUAUAGUGGUGAAUAUCUUAAAGGAAUUAUUAAGUCAAAGUUGUAA